CCUUUUCUCUUCCUUAUCCCGUUUAUAUGAUCGGAGAGGAACUGCGCUUCAGGUUGGAAGCGGUGCGAUCAUGGCCGAGCGAGUCCAGCAGCCCCCAGCCAAGCGGCUCUGCUGCCGGCCCGGCUACAACCCGGCAUGCAGGCAGGGGCAGCGGGCUGGAGGAGUCCUGUGUGGCGGCGCGGGGUCCGCUCCGGGAGGGUCGGGAAACGGUAAAACGCACAACCCCGAGUCGUUGCUCGACAUCGCGGCACGCAGAGUCGCGGAGAAGUGGCCGUUCCAGAGGGUGGAGGAGCGGUUCGAGAGGAUCCCGGAGCCCGUCCAGCGGAGGAUCGUAUACUGGUCAUUCCCGAGAAGCGAGAAGGAGAUCUGUAUGUAUUCCUCUUUCAACGCCGGAGGAGAGGAAAGUGGAACUAGCGGGGACAAUAAUGACGAGACCCAGCUGCCUUUCCUACGGGGUGUCACUCUGCUGGAGGGUGGCUGGGUGGACAACGUAUUACAAGUCGGUUUCCAUCUGAGUGGCACAGUGACAGAUCCCGCCACACCCUCGUCCCCGGAGCUCGUGUGCAGCGUCAGCGUCAGCUUCGACCGCUGCAAGAUCACGGCGGUAACAUGCACCUGCGGAAACAAAGACAUCUUCUACUGCGCCCAUGUAGUGGCGCUUUCGCUUUAUAGAGUACGGAAGCCCGAGCAGGUCAAACUGCAUCUGCCCAUCUCAGAAACCUUGUUCCAGAUGAGCAGAGACCAGCUGCAGAAGUUUGUCCAGUACCUGAUAUCAGUCCACCACACAGAGGUGCUGCCCACUGCUCAGAAGCUGGCCGACGAGAUUCUGUCGCAGAACUCGGAGAUCAACCAGGUUCACGGGGCCCCGGACCCCACGGCAGGAGCCAGCGUAGACGAUGAGAACUGCUGGCACCUGGACGAGGAGCAGGUCCAGGAGCAAGUCAAGCUCUUCCUGUCCCAGGGAGGAUACCAUGGCUCGGGCAAGCAGCUCAACCUGCUCUUCAGCAAGGUGAGGGAGAUGCUGAAGAUGCGUGACUCCAACGGAGCGAGGAUGUUAACACUGAUCACAGAACAGUUCAUGGCCGACCCUCGGCUGGCACUGUGGAGACAGCAGGGCACCACCAUGACCGACAAGUACAGACAGCUCUGGGACGAGCUGGGUGCCCUGUGGAUGUGCAUCGUACUGAACCCUCACUGUAAACCAGAGCAGAAGUCAUCGUGGCUGCGCCAGCUGCGCAGAUGGAACAGCGUGGACGUCUGCCCCUGGGAGGAUGGUAACCACGGCAACGAGCUGCCCAACCUCACCCACUCACUGCCUCAGGGUGCCCAUGGCAACCAAGAGAUGCGCCCCCACAGGACGGUGUUCACGCGAGCCAUUGAGGCCUGUGACCUGCACUGGCAGGACCGACACCUCCAGCACAUUAUCGCCAGUGACCUCUAUGCCAACUACUGUUACCAUGACAACCAGGAGGGCUCCCUCUUCGACUCACGUGGUUGGCCCUUAUGGCAUGAACAUGUGCCAACGGCCUGCGCCAGGGUGGAUGCCCUGCGUUCCCACGGUUACCCCAGAGAAGCUCUCCGACUGGCCAUCGCUGUAGUGAACACGUUACGAAGGCAGCAGCAGAGGCAACUGGAGCACUUUCGCCGGCACAAGAAAGAGUUGCUCCAUAAAGGCCACACCUCCAUAACCAACAUGGAGGGCUGGGUGGGACACCCUCUGGAUCCCAUCGGUACCCUGUUCAGCACCCUGACAGAGUCGGGACGAGCGGGUGAGGAGGGUUCCAACACCUGCUUAGACCUCUCAGACUGCUCCAGCGUUGUAAGCCGAGCAGACCUCCAACGAAUGCCCGUGCAGCGAUUGCUGGGAGACGGUGAAUCGUACGUGGCGCUGGCAGUGGAGACGGCUCUGAUUGGCUUAGGCCAGCAGCGGGUGAUGCCUGAUGGGCUGUAUGCUCAAGAGAAGGUGUGUCGCAAUGAAGAGCAGCUACUGGCCAAGCUGCAGGAAGUGGAACUGGAUGACUCCUUGGUCAAAAUCUUCCGUAAACAGGCCGUCUUUCUGCUGGAGGCCGGUCCGUACUCUGGCCUUGGAGAGAUUGUCCACAGAGAGAGUGUUCCCAUGCACACCUUCGCCCGCUAUCUCUUCACCUCCCUCCUACCUCACGACGCUGAACUGGCGUACAAAAUUGCACUGAGAGCUAUGCGGUUGCCGGUGUUGGAGUCGACGGCAUCGUCCGGUGACCUCUCGCGACCUCACCACAUCGUGUCCGUAGUCCCCAACCGCUACCCUCGCUGGUUCACCCUGAGCCACAUAGAGUCUCAGCAGUGUGAGCUGGCCUCCACCAUGCUUACUGCUGCCAAAGGUGACAGUCGCAGGCUGGAGACAGUUCUGGAGUCCAUCCAGAAAAACAUUCACUCCUCCUCUCACAUCUUCAAACUGGCACAGGACGCAUUCAAGAUCGCCACACUCAUGGACAGCCUGCCUGACAUCACACUUCUCAAAGUCUCUCUGGAGCUGGGGCUGCAGGUGAUGAGAAUAACUCUGUCCACAUUAAACUGGAGGAGGAGAGAGAUGGUGCGCUGGUUAGUCACGUGUGCCACUGAAGUUGGUGUGUACGCACUGGACAGCAUCAUGCAGAGCUGGUUCACGCUCUUCACCCCUACAGAAGCCACCAGUAUCGUGGCCACCACUGUCAUGUCCAACAGCACUAUCGUCCGCCUCCACCUGGACUGCCACCAGCAGGAGAACCUGGCGUCGUCCGCUCGCACCCUGGCGCUGCAGUGUGCCAUGAAGGACCCCCAGAACUGCGCCCUCUCUGCUCUUACACUCUGUGAAAAGGACCACAUUGCCUUCGAGACAGCCUACCAGAUUGUACUGGACGCGGCGGCGACUGGAAUGAGCUACACGCAGCUGUUCACUAUUGCACGCUACAUGGAGCACCGCGGUUACCCGAUGAGAGCGUACAAGCUGGCGACGUUAGCCAUGGCUCACCUGAACCUCAGUUACAACCAGGACACGCACCCGGCCAUCAAUGACGUACUGUGGGCCUGCGCGCUCAGCCACUCGCUGGGGAAGAACGAGCUGGCCGCCGUCAUCCCCCUGGUGGUCAAGAGCGUCAAGUGCGCCACCGUGCUCUCUGACAUUUUGCGGCGGUGCACGCUGACCACGCCGGGCAUGGUGUCGGCGCUGCACAGCCGCAGGAACUCUGGGAAGCUGAUGUCGCUGGACAAGGCGCCGCUCAGGCAGCUGCUGGACGCAACCAUCGGGGCCUACAUCAACACCACACACUCACGGCUCACGCACAUCAGCCCGCGCCACUACAGCGAGUUCAUCGAAUUCCUGGGCAAAGCCCGGGAGACUUUCAUGAUGGCUCACGACGGACACAUUCAGUUCACCCAGUUCAUAGACAACCUGAAACAGAUCUACAAGGGCAAAAAGAAACUAAUGAUGCUAGUGAGGGAACGGUUCGGCUGAGGGUGAGGCUGGGGGUUCGCCAGAAGCUCCCCUCCCUCCCUGCUCUAGUACUUUUCUAUUAACUUGAGUCUGCCUUUUGAACUUCUUUUGGACUUAUAAAAAUAGACAAGUAAAAAGAGGGAUGUGACUUGUAGAAUGAAGCAAAAAGAGAAAGGAAAAGAUGACAAAAAAAUCAACAGAGCCACCUGCGGUAUUAUUGUUCUUGCUGUUGUUAUUGUUAUAAACAUUAUUACUAUUAUUAUUAUUAUUAUUAUUAUUAUUAUUAUUAUUAUUAUUAUUAUUAUUAUUAUUAUUAUUAUUAUUAAUAAUAAUAUUAUUACUACUAUGUGUACAGAAGUGUUUUUAUUUUUCAGAAGAGAGGAAAUUUGUCACAUUGUGAAUGUUGUGUGUAUUUCUCUACAUGUGUGCGAGAUGAAAAUGAAAAGUGAAAUGGCUUUUUCUAAAAAGAUUUUUUUGGUUCCACUUUUUUAUUUUUAUGAUUUCGAGCAUCUUUUUACCCUUUUCCAAUGUAUAUUGAGUUACAUGUUGUCAAGUGGCUGAAGCCCCUCUACAAUAGUGCUCAUGUAAAAACGGAAAAAAGACGACGAUAAAGAAAAAAGGAAAAAAAAACAAGCAAAAAAAAAAACAAUGUCUCGGCAUCCUCAAAGAGAAACUAAGGCUUUAAACCACACAGAGCACCUCCCUCUGUCCAGACCCUCACUGGUGGGCAACUGGGCAACACUGCACAGCUUAGCUCGGCUCGGCUCGGCUCGGCACAGAUUGGUUCAGCACUGACAUAAAGCCGCCAUCAGCAUUUCUCCAGACAUAGCAGUAGCAGAAGCAGCAGCAGCAGCAGCAGAAGCAGCACUUGAGCAGCCAUUAGUUUUCUCUGGGUUCCAGGCAUUAGCUUCAUCACACCACAACAAUGCUCUUAGCUAACUCGUGUUGUUACGUUAUGGUUGCAGUCUCACCCAUCUCCAAAAACGAGCACCUGUUCUCCACAGAACACAGCAUGCAGUGAUGACACAAAGAGUAUUAUUGUUACAUUAGUGUAAAGUAGUACAACUUUGGGCUUUUAAAAGCGCAGAUUAGACUUAAAUAACUGAUAUAGUUGCAUUUUUCUAGUUGAAACAGAAACCCAGAGGCAGAUGACUACCUCAUGAUGCGGUAUUAAACCUGCUCCCAGUUAUUUUGUUUCUUUUUGCUAUCAUGAUAUUUAUCAUCUACGAUAGCUGACAGUGUUAAUUUUAAAAAAGGGGUGGGGGGGAUUCACUAGUGAGACCAAGGUUAUGAGGAUACUUGGAGUCAGAUUCCUGCUAAGUGUUUCUGUGCUCGGCUCUGCUGUACGUCACUGCCCAGGCAUCGGUACUUCUUACAUCCCCCACCUAAUAAUCCCAAAAAUUGGCUCCAACGCACUCAGAAGAUGCAUCAGUACGUCGGUCCCCUCUCAUCUCGACAGCCACCAUCGUAUGGUAUUUUCAAACUAGGCCAGUGUCACUUCCCUCUGUGCAUGUGAAUCAUAGAAAUUAGACUUUCUACUGUUAUAGUUCAUUGUGUGGAACCUUCAGUAAUUGUCAACCAGAAUGUUCUCAGGGAUUUUCUCUACACAGGAAAAAAAAAAAAAAAAAGGUGGAGCAAAUGAACGACUGACUUACAAGGAAAAUGACAAAAACACGACACAACAUGAGCGAGCAUUUAUUGUACUCUGUAUAUAUGCCAUAGUAUAUGUCUGAAUAUGGAGGAUCUGAAAGUAUAUGUUAACUAAUUUAUACAGAGUAUUCUAUGUAAUGUGAAAUACUUGAAGCCGCUGUAGUUUGCUCUCUCUCGCUCUCCAUCUCUUUCUCUCUUUUGUCUUCUUUAUUUCUCUCUCUCUUUUGUUCAAACAGAACAUAUCAGAAGGACUAGACUGACCUUGUUGACUGCUUUUUUUGGAAUCGUAAGGCCACAUGUGCUCACACUCGAGAUGCUGGAUCUCAUCAGAAAUGCAGGUUGAGUCAGAUUGGUGGUGGCAGAGAAAAAACAUUGUUGUUCAUUCCUGCUGACUAAAGCAUAGAAAAGGGGGAGGGAGGUAGACUUACUCCAGGCCAUUGAUCGAUAAAUGUUUGAAAACACAAUACAGGAUUUCUUAAAGUACUUACUUAUGCAUGUAAGCUGUUGUACUAGCCUAGUUUUCCACAGAAUCCUAUCGGGGGGGAGGGACAGUAUAAUGUGCUUUAUAUGGGAGCUAAUUGGAGAUGAAUCUGUUUUUUUUUUUUUUGAGCCUUACAUGCAUUUAAAGACACCUCAUGGCUGAAGUCUGCCUCAUUGUGCAGUAAUAUAACCAUUGCUGGAGUAGUUUAACAGUCAUGAAACGCCACAAGACUUACAUUUGCUAAUUAUGCACAGACUUCAGUAUAAUCAUUUAGUCUCUCCAGUUCUUUCAUUCACUGCACAAUUUCCAGUGUCUCCUCUGCAAUGUUCAGCUGUCCUCUCAUUACUUGCCUUUUUACCUUUUCUUGUUUAUUUCUCUUUUUCUUUUCAUUUUCCAUGUAUCUUUUUCUCUCUUGUGUUGAUUAAAGAUAAAAGCAGCCUUUUUCUCUUGCCUUGUCUUAACGCUUUAAAGUAACCAAACAGAAGAUCUAUCUAACAACCAAACGCGUUCUAAGAGGUGAGAGACAACCAACCUUGGUCCCAGCUUUAGUGUCCUUAAUUAGUAAGUGAAUGGCUGUGUAACUCAUGCUUUAACAAAGCAAUUCCUCACGUGUGUUUGGUGGAAAAAAAUACGUUGUCCAGUGUCUCUUGUUCUCUUCAGAAACAAUUUCCUCUGAGUCUUUCUAGCUCUUUUUUUUGUUUGUUUGUUUUAUUUUUUUUGUUUGUUUGUUUGUGUAGGAAUCUUCUGCUCUCCCAUUUUAUUUAUUACAAUGACCCAUGUAUACAUGCUUAUGAAAUUAAGAUUUGAUACACCGAUAUCAAUUUAUUUAUGUAACUAAAUCACUGUUUUAUAAUCUUGUUAAUGAGUCAAUAAUUGAUUUUUUUGUUUUUGUUUUUUGUUUUAAUAAAAGUUAGUUUUUUGAAAUGUA